CGGGAGGGGGUCUCCUCCACACAAGUAUAUAACUGGUACGAUCUAAAGGAUUCUCAUCAGUUCUUAACCGGCAGAACUAAUCUUCCUCAUGGCAUCCUUCAAGAUCCUGUUGUUCGUCGCUCUGGCUGUCGCUGCUGUCGCGGCCGAGGACAACUCAGUUGAACGCCCCAAGAAGCAGAUCUACUCAGGCUACUACGGCUCUGGCUAUGGAGCUUACCCCUACAACGCCGCCUACUCUGGUGCCUACCCCUACUCUGCCGCUUACUCUGGUGCCUACCCCUACUCUGCCGCUUACUCUGGUGCCUACCCCUACUCUGCCGCUUACUCUGCUGCCUACCCAUACAACGCCGCUUACGGAUACUCUGCCGCCUACCCCUACAACUCCGCCUACUCUACUGCGUACCCCUACUCGUACGGUGCAUACCCUUACAGCAGAGCAUACUACUAAACCUUGUAAACAUUAUAUCCCCAAAAAUUCUCCUAAUUACACCAAUUUAGAAUCAUGUUCCUGAUAAAAUUUCAAUACUGUUCAAAAUACAAAAAUUUCCUAAAA